AUGGCUCCUCUAACAAACUUGCAUGGAGUCUCUAAAACUCUAACUCCAAUUACAUGCCUUCUUCCAAAUGCACAAAGAACCCUUAGGAAAGGACAAGUAGUUCUUGGAUUUCUUGGAAGCAAAACAAAAAAUCCAUCAGAAUGUGACUCAAACUCAAUUCACACUACAAGAAGAACAGCUGCAAUAAGCUUUGUUUCUCUAGUCCUUACAUGGCAAUUCAAUGAGAAGAUUUCGCUAGCUAAGGAUAAUGGAUUCUGGAUUGACGGUCCUAUUCCAGAACCAACUGUCACUAAUAAUAUUGCGAAUGAGAAAACGGGGACACGAUCUUUCAUUAAGAAGAAACUCUACAUGGCAAAUAUUGGAGCGAAAGGAAGUGUUUUUAGGAUCAAGAAAUAUUCGUUUGAUCUUCUUGCAAUGGCGGAUUUGAUUGCACAAGACACACUCAACUAUGUUAGGAGGUACCUAAGACUCAAGUCUACUUUCAUCUACUUUGAUUUUGACAAGGUUAUCUCUGCUGCUCCGGUUGAUGAUAAGCAACAACUAACUGACAUGGCUAACAAAUUGUUUGAUAAUUUUGAAAAGCUUGAAGAAGCUUCAAGGAACAAGAAUCUAGCAGAAACACAAGCAUGCUAUAAGGAAACUGAAGUCAUGCUUAAAGAUGUCAUGGACAAGAUGACUAUAAUGUACAAAACAAUUUGA